UUUUUAGGUCUUUGUUCACAGAUUCAGGGCGCUGGUCGUGAGGAGGAGGAGGUCGGGGAAGCAGCGAGCCUGCUGUGCGGGGUGUGUCUGAGGCUCCUUGAGCCCAACAGCCCGAGAUUGGGGUCCCCAUGCCUCGCGGACUCCUCUCUGCUCACAGCGUCCCCGCAGCCUCACCCCAUUUUCACCCUCCAGCCUUGGGGACCGGAGCCUCUCAGGUCCCGCCGCCCAGGUCCCAGCGCUCAGAAUGGAUGUGAACUUUGAGGACGUAGUCAUUGCCUUCUCUCAGGAGGAGUGGGGGCUCCUUGAUGAGGCUCAGAAACUUCUGUACUACAAUGUGAUGCUGGAAGUGUUUGCAUUUGUAUCAUCUGUAGGUUGUUGGCAUAAAAUGGAUGAUGAGGAGGCCUGUUCUGAUCAAAGUGUAUCUAUACAAGGAGAGUCACAGGUUGGGGCUUCUAAGACAGCUACAGCCACCCAGAAGACCCUUCUGUGUAAGCAAUGUUUCUCUGUGUUACAACAUAUUUUGCACCUGACUGGAUCACAUGCAGCACACAUUGAGCAGAAAGCCUUCUGUAGUGACGCAUGUGUUGGAGAUGUCUGUUUCAGCACAAAUCCUCACCAGCAACAGAGGAAUGAAUGUGGAGAGGAGCCCUGGAAAGAAGCUAUGAAUGGGGCCUCCUUUGUGAGCAGGUCCAGCUUCUACUUAUCUUCGGUGCCUUCAACCAGCAGGGAGGUUGGGGAAGACUUGCAAUACAACUCAGAGCUUCCCCAGCACCAGGCCACUCUCAACACUGAGGAGCUACACUGUGGCAGUGAGAUUUCACAGGAAUUUCUUGAUGGAAAAAGUCAUCACCAGUGGGGUGAAUGUGAAGACGCUGCCAUCCACAACCUGAAAGUUGUUCAAUGUCAGGGUGCAUUUUCUGGAGAAGUGAUUUAUGAAUAUAACAAAUGUAGGAAAGUGUUUAAACGAAUCUUUAACCUCAUUCGACAUAAGAGAGUUCACCCUGGAGAACAGCUGUAUGAGUGUAGAGAAUGUGGGAAGUUCUUCAGGGAACGAAGUACACUCAUUAACCACCAGAGAGUUCACACUGGAGAGAGGCCAUAUGAAUGUAAUGAAUGUGGGAAGUUCUUCAGGGAAAGAAGUACAUUCAUUAGCCACCAGAGAGUUCACACUGGAGAGAGGCCAUAUGAGUGUAAUGAAUGUGGGAAGUCCUUCAGUAAAAGCAGUACACUCAUUAACCACCAGAGAGUUCACACUGGAGAGAGGCCAUAUGAGUGUACUGAAUGUGCGAAGUCUUUUAGCCGAAAAUCUAACCUUAUUAACCAUCUGAGAGUUCAUAGUGGAGAGAAGCCAUAUGAGUGUGCUGAAUGUGGGAAGUCUUUUAGCCAAAAAUCAAGCCUUACUAUACAUCUGAAAGUUCACACUGGAGAGAAGCCAUAUGAGUGUACUGAAUGUGGGAAGUCUUGUAGCCAAAAAGCUAACCUUAUUAAACAUCUGAGAGUUCACACUGGAGAAAAGCCAUAUGAGUGUUGUGAAUGUGGGAAGUGCUUCACACAAAGACCUGUACUCAUUAAACACCAGAGAGUUCACACUAGGGAGAGGCCAUAUGAGGUUAGACAUUGUGGGAAGUCCUUCAGUAAUAAGUCUGCCCUUGAACAAAACAGAGUUCAUACAGGAGAAAAGCCAUAUGCAUGCAGACAAUGUGGGAAGUCUUUUAGCCAAAAAUCUUACGUUAUGCAACAUCUGAGAGUUCACACUGGAGAGAAGCCAUACGAGUGUAGAGAAUGUGGGAUGUCCUUUCGACGAAGGGAUCACCUCGUUGUACACCUCAGAGUUCACACUGGAGAGAAGCCGUAUCAGUGUACUGAAUGUGGGAAGGCUUUUAGCCAGAAAUCUACUCUUAUGAAACAUCUGAGAGUUCACAGUGGAGAGAAGUGUUAAAUGUGCAGGAUAUGUUUUAUUUUAUUUUCUU